AUAAUCGACUUGCUUUUAGAAACUCAAGAGCAAAUCAUUGGAGAAAAUGACAAAAAUGACCCUUUAGUUCAAGCUCAGUUGACAGGACAAUUAAAAGCUUACCAAAGUAUUUUGGAGAAAAAUUUAUCCAAACAAGAAUUACAAGCGCUUUUAGAUAAGAAAGCUGAACUUAUACAACUAAAAGAGCAGAUAGAUAAACUUCAAACCGAAAUUCAGCAAAAUGAAUAG